AUGACGAAUCAAGAAAAUGGUAUUGAUGGCCUUGUCACAAAUGGAGUUGCAGGUGGAUCAACAGAUCCCACAUUGCCAACUAGAUCAUUUCCUACUCAGAACACAUCUGAUCAAGAAGCAUCUCAAUCUGCUACAAAUUUGGAUCAAAGUCAUCCAUUAUAUCUGCCAUCUACUGAUAUCAGUGGUGUUCCUCUAAUCUCUCUUCAUCUCACAGGUACUGAGAGUUACUCUCUUUGGAGUAGAUCAAUGCGCUUAGCUUUGCUAGGUAGAAAUAAAAUGGGACUAGUAGAUGGAACUUGGAAAAAAGAGAUGUUUAGAGAGGAAUAUUGGCCUCAAUGGGAAAGGGUAAAUGCUAUUGUUCUUUCUUGGAUUAUAAACGUUGUUGAUAGUAAUCUUUUGAGUGGAGUAGUAUAUGCAACUGAAGCUUGGACUGUAUGGGAGGAAUUAAAAGAAAGGUUUGACAAAGUUAGUGGUUCAAGAACCUUUGGCUUACAUAGAGAAAUAGCAACACUUGCACAAGGAACUGCAUCUGUGUCAAUUUAUUUUACCAAACUAAAAGGCUUGUGGAAUGAAUUUGAGUCCUUAAUUCCACCUCAUGGUUGCAAUUUGUGUGAAUAG